GUGCGCACAUGUGGUGCAAACCCUGACUUGUUCCACCGGCCGGUUUUCUGGAAAAUUAGCCUAAUUCUGAAGAUUUCUAAAAGACCUGAAGUUGUAGGGUGUAUGCUGAAGACUUGAAAGAUGAGUGAGACGUCAGGGACCAGCCGAGUCCUGGCUCAGCUGAAGAGUGAGGCGGGAGAGGUUCUCGGCGCGCCCUUUGACCUUCCCCUGGACAUCACGCCGGAGAAACUACAGCUGGUGUGCCAUGCCCUGCUGGAGAAGGAAGAGACCACGCCAUAUGCAUUCUUCGUCAAUGACCGAGAAAUCGUCUCGGACCUCCAAGAUGUGGUUGAGAAGGAGAAGUUAGGCACAGAGCAGGUCUUAGACAUUAUCUACCAGCCUCAGGCUGUCUUCAAGGUGCGAGCAGUGACCAGGUGCACCAGUACCAUCGAGGGUCACUCUGAGGCUGUCAUCUCAGUAGCAUUCAGUCCUAGUGGCAGAUUUUUGGCCAGUGGUUCAGGAGACACAACUGUUAGAUUCUGGGAUAUCUACACAGAGACACCAAAGCACACAUGUAAAGGUCACUCUCACUGGAUCCUAGCAUUAGCUUGGGCACCUGAUGGCAAAAAAUUGGCAUCUGGGUGUAAAAAUGCACAGAUAUGUAUAUGGGAUCCAGCCACAGGGAAACAGGUGGGGAAAAUGUUAACAGGACACAAACAGUGGAUAACCUUUCUCUCAUGGGAACCAUUACACAGUAACCCAGAGUGCAGACGUCUGGCAAGUGCAUCAAAGGAUGGCACAGUGAGAAUAUGGGACGUGGUGUUGGGUAGGACGUUGCUGAGUCUGACAGGACACCUCCAGAGUGUGACGUGUGUGAAGUGGGGAGGGGAGGGACUGAUCUACACAGCCUCUCAGGACAGAACCAUCAAGGUCUGGAGACCUGACGACGGUGUGUUGUGUAGAACACUGCAGGGUCAUGGACACUGGGUGAACACCAUGGCCCUCAGUACAGACUACGCCAUACGCACAGGCGCAUACGACCCGGCAAAGGCCUCCAUCGUACACAGGGAUACACCUGAACCAGCUGAAGAAGUAAAGAAGAGGGCUUUAGAAAGAUAUGACUCUGCAAAGGGUACAGGGUCAGAAAGGCUGGUGUCAGGCUCGGAUGACUUCACCCUGUUCCUAUGGCAACCGUCUGUGGAUAAGAAGUCGUUAGCGCGUAUGACGGGCCACAUGGCACUGAUUAACGAGGUGUGCUUCUCUCCUGAUGCACGUAUCAUCGCCAGUGCCUCCUUCGACAAGUCUGUCAAGCUGUGGGACGGAAAAACUGGGAAGUACCUAACAUCACUGCGUGGGCAUGUCAAUGCUGUUUAUCAGGUUGCGUGGUCAGCUGACAGUCGACUGCUGGUCAGUGGAAGCUCGGACAGCACGUUGAAGGUUUGGGACGUUCGAACUCGCAAACUGGCUGUGGACCUGCCUGGACAUGCUGAUGAGGUAUUUGCGGUAGACUGGAGUCCUGAUGGCCAGCGGGUGGCCAGUGGAGGCAGAGACAGGGUUCUCAAGAUUUGGAGAACAUGAUCUCUCAGCAUUUACUGGAGAGUUGUACGACACAGUGGAAAUGGUGGCUUCUCCAGAAUACAGGUCUCAGAUGUUUUAUUUUAACUUAACUUUUGGAAAAUGGCGAUUUUCCACCAGAAAAGAUGGAAAUUUUAGUUUCAGUGAACUGAAAAUCAUGUUUACUAAAAGCAACCAGAACCAAAUUUGUU